AUAACAUUAAAUUCAUGUACUUUACUUUUUUAUAAAACUUCUUAAUUCAUUUUGAUGACGAUUGUUCAGACAUGUUUUCACUAUUUGAUCUUUCAUAUUUUUCUGAAGAAGUAAUUAGCUUUAAUAAUUGUGGAUUUUCUUAAAGAAAUAUAUGAAAUUCUGUACAAGAAACAUUUUUUAAAAUGUUGUUUUACGAUCAUUAUCGAUCUAAUUGUGUCCACGAGAAAUCGACUUUUCUCAUAUGUCCAUAAAACAUUUGUAAUUUAAAAUACUCUUUCUACCGACGCGUUAGUUCCGGGAAUAGCCAUUGAAUGCUCUAAAAUAUUUUAAAUUUCAAUGUUGGAUUAUUCUUAAUAAUAUAUUUCAAACUCUCUUAAAUGUCAAUCCAAAUUGGAAAAUCUAGUACUUGAAUCCAACGAAAAACUUUUAGUGGUUCAAAUUGAUAUCCCCAUUUUUCCAAAAUGGUCAUUUCGAUAACUCAGAUAAGUUCCGAUAACUCGUAAACAUUCUUCUCAUACUGAUAAAUUCAAACAAUCACAAGAUUAUAAUUAUAAUCAUUAUUCAUUACUUUCGUAAGUUUCGUUUUCAAAUUAAUUUCGUUUGAUCAAAAAAAUAGGACAAAAAGUGUCCUGAAAGAAGUUUGUCAGGACAAUAGGACACAAUACUGAAAUAAAGGACAAUCCUGUAAAAAACAGGAUGUAUGGUCACCCUACUGCAGAUAUAAAACUUGAGAUGACAAAUAUUUCUGAUCUGGUUUCUGACAUAAUAUUUAACAAGUAUAAAAUACGUGAUCCAUACUAUUGGCCUGAAAAAAUAAGUAACAGUUUCAGAGAAUACUGUACUCAGAAAGGACCCGAGUUUUUUCAAAAUAAGAAUGAUGAUUUCAAACAGUCUGCGCGUUUAUAUGAUCACAAAAGGUUAUUUACGGCGUCCAUGUUCAAACGAACUCUACCCAAUGGAGAAAUUGGUGAUCGAAAGUGGGUAAUGUACUCAAUUAAACAAGGAUCCAUUUAUUGUUUUAUGUGUAAAUUGUUUUCAAGUCGUUUAAAUAGUCUUUUUGUUAGCAAAGGAUUUGAUAAUUGGAAGAAAUAUGAGAAAUUAUCAUAACAUGAAAACAGUAUUGAUCAUAGAAGUGCAUUUACAAAAUGGCUAUUACGUUCAAAUGUUAACUAUUCAAUAUAUAAAGAUAUGUUGAAACAAAUAUCAAUGGAGACAAAAUA